AUUUAUAGAAUUGGGAAUUCCAAACUUCACUAAAAUUAGGAUUUUUUGUCAAAUUUACGUCUUCACUUCAAAAGUAAAACAAAACCAUUGAAUCUGAUCGUUAGUGUAAUUGGUGUCACUGCAUCUGUCACCAACAUCAUCAGCCAGGAUCCAUCCAUCAACAAGUGUACACUCUCCGUGUGGUGGAUCCGCAGUGAUGAUCAGUCCACUACGUGUUGGUUACUGGCUUCCAGCUCCUCUCAUCUCUUCGAGACUAUAGCCAAGUGGACGCCCUUUCAGCUGAUCGCUCUAGUCUGCCCACAGCAGUCCUUCUGUCAUGGCCAUUGAGCCCCAUGCUGUCCAGCAUCUUCAAUAGUGAAUUGGCUGGGAACCCCCUUGCUCCUAUUUCAACAGGGAACAGCCAGGUUCUCCAUCCUUGUUGUCUGCAUGGGUCCACGAGAUCAGAGAAUGCCUUAAAGCUACAGUCAUAGUUGAACCAUCAUCAUGGAUGCCAAAUGUAGUGUCAAGGAAUGUGUAAAUCAAGCAGACAGACUGGACAAUGCAUACCUUUUAUGCAAAGCUGACAUUAAACAAGGUAGAGGGCUUGGAAGCGGUGGAUUUGGCAUUGUGCAUAAAGGUACCUACAAAGGGAGAGAUGUGGCAAUUAAGUUCCUUGCACCAGAGGGACGACAAUGUUCAAUGAGAGAUUUGCGAGACCUAAAAAAAGAAGCUCGGAGACUAAUUGAAGCAAGUGCUCAUGAGUAUAUUAUAAACAUCUAUGGGGCAGUGUUUGAAAACGGCAUGAACGCCAUCAUCCUUGAAUACAUGCAUUUUGGAAAUGCUGCAGAAUUCUUACAGGAUUAUCAAGUGGCACUGCCGUUGAAGAUGCGACUAGUUUGUCAGAUGUGCUCUGCUAUGAAUUGGUUGCAUUCAAAGGUUCCACCUGUGAAGCACUUAGAUUUGAAAGCAGAAAAUGUGCUAAUCAACAAUUACUUUGAUGGGAAGCUUUGUGAUUUUGGCCUGUCACACUUGAAAACUCAAACUGUUACCUUAGAAUUUGAAAGUACAAGUACAAGACGAGGUACCUUCACUCAUGUUGCCCCGGAGGUACUUAAAGAUAUCAAUCUGAAACCAUCCACAGAACAAGAUGUUUACGCCUUUGCUAUUACCACGUGGGAAAUCUUGUCAAGCCAAAAUGCAUUUGAUGGGCAGCACAGAGAUGCAGUUAUGCUGUGCGUUAAAGAUGGUCAGCGACCGGGCUUAUGCGACUUGCCUAACAACGUACCUCCAAGUAUUUGUGCUAUGAUUGCAAAGUGCUGGAAUCAGAAUCCCAUGCAGCGACCAACAUUUCAGAAUCUGUACCCUGAAUUGAACCAACUGUACUGUGAAUCCUAUGAACCAAAAGUUUUAUCAGCCUGCCAGGAGAUCAGAAGGCAGAUCUGUAAAAAAUUUGAAGAGGAACCGGAACACUAUCGGGAAGAUUAUGAGUGUACCAGUCAUUUUGACUCACAAGUCCCUUCGACUGUUAUGUUCCCUGAGUGCGAUACUGCAAGGUCAAUCACAGUUCAUGCCAAUGCCACACUGGUGGAUAGAGAUGAACACUCAGUGGACGCCCAUCCUACACUUGAUAUGCCAGCAUUGAAUUACUAUGAUGGUAUUGAUGACCAACAGAGGGACACUGACUAUGUGUAUGAGGAGGCAAUUGCAAACCUCACCAUAGAAGAUAAUCAGCCUCAGGCAAAUAUAGAUGACAAUGUGGACUCAACACGACAAACUCCAACAGUGGUUGCUAAUCAGUUUGGGGUAAUGGCCUCUCCAGACCCUGACCGUUCACAACAGAAUGUUGUUCCACAAAGAUUGGGUCCUGUAUUGGAUAAUACACCUGUUACAGCACCACGAAAUACAAGACCAGGAGUAUGGUCUAAUUUGGACAAAAGAUCUUUGCAGCUGAGAAAUGAUUACCCAAUUCAACGGAACACCACAGACGACAUUGGAAUGUCAAUUCUUGGUCAGACAAUGCCAAAUGCUAGAGUAGUACAGCCUGAUAUUCUAGGUCAACCUGCUCCAGGGCCAAUAAUACAGCCUGCAAAUCUAGGACAGUCAGCCUACAGGUCUAGAGGACAGCCUGGAAUUCUAGGACAGCCGGUCUACAUGUCUAUAGGAGAGCUUGGAAAUCUAGGACAGCCAGACUACAGUCAUAUUGGACAGCCUGGAAAUCUAGGACAGCCAGACUACAGUCCUAAUGGACAGUCUGGAAUUCUAGGACAGUCUUCUGUCCUGCAUCGUCUUGAGAGCACUGUUUCUGUGGAUCAACACCCAACAGGCAGAUCAAACUCUCAACCACAUGGGACAUCAGAAAGGGACCAUACUGGGGCCACUAUUGUUGGAGCAGCAACACCACUGGUGAUCAGUCAUAAACAUGCUGGCGGUGGCUUCACACAGAUUGAGAUCAGCCCAAACUCCAUUGUACCCCCAAACAUUCAGAUAGGCAACAACAACAAGAUGGUAAUCAAUGACAAUGGCGGCCGGAAAAGAGAAAAGCGAAGAAAGUCUUCCAGCAAGAAGUGUGAUGUUAAUAUACUAACAACAUCAGAGGCUCAGCUAACCCAAGACCAUGUGGACACUGUGGCAGCAGGCCUGGGCAAGGACUGGAAGACCCUGAGUCGACUCAAGUUGAUGCUCACUGACCCAGAGAUAGAGCAGCUAGAGCAUGACUACCAUGUGGCAGGCUUAUAUGAGAUAACCUAUCAAGCCAUUCGCCGCUGGCAACAGAAGCAGGGAAGUGCUGCAACGCAGAAGAAGAUGGCCCUGUAUUUGUGGGAGAUUGAAAGAGAUGAUCUGGCUCAACAACUUAAGUAACCAUCUGGAAGCCUGUCCAUCCUAAUUAGUGAAACACGGAACACAAUUGUAAAUUGGGGAUAAGUGCCUUCUGUGUUAAUCAUUCAAUGUUAAUUAGUUGACAUUCAUUAAGUUAAGUCCACACAGAAAAGGAAAAUUUAGAACUUGAGAAUGUUAAAGAUGAACAGUUUCUGAUCAUUUUAUUACUUAAAUGCGUUUAAUAUACAAAGGAAAGGAUUACACUUGAAAACUUUUUCCUAUCAAAAGAUAAAGCUGGGAUUAAUAUGCAGAUAGUGGCAAUGAUGUGCAAAAAGUUCUCUCCUUCAUAUGGCAAUUGCAUCAUACAUUAUUACUGUGUUAUUGUUUUUCAUUUCAUAUUUAUGGAAAUGACAGUGUUUUUUUUGCAACACUUUUUUUCAUAUGUGUACUGAAAAAAUUGUUUAGUUGUUUCAAUUCACUUGUAAUGCCAAUGUAAACAUUCAUUGUUCAUGCCUGUUGUUUUUUUUACUGGUUAAUUUAAAAUAAUAAUAUUGUUUAUAUACAUUUCUCACUUUUUAUAUACCAUUUUGAAAAAAAAGUUCAAAAAAAUAUAAUGGACACAUUUAUGUACCCUUGUACUCUAUAAGCAUUCAAUGAUUAUUUUAUUUUACUAAAGAUCUAUUGAUUUAUAUGUAGAUCAUAAUAUUAAUACUGGUACUACUUAUCGGUUUAGUUGAGGUAAUUUAAUAGUGGUAUUAAAUAGUUCAAUAUAAAAUCAAACAAGCUUCAUUGAACCUAUUACAAUAUAACUUUUAUUCUUUUAUUUAAAAAAAUAUGUUAUCAAAUUAUGCUAAAAAACCACUGAAAUUUUAAUUUAAAUCCCGACAAUGGGCUAAUAUACACGACUAUCUUGACCUAAUGUCGUGGUAACUGAAGUUGUGGUAAUUUUGUCUUUUGAAACUAAAUACUUUCCGUGAGUCUUAUUUCCACUUAGCAUUUCAUUACAGUUAAAAUAUUAAAAAAGUGAAGUAUUUAAACAACAGGAAUUGGUCUGUUUUUCAAGUAUAGUGUGGCUUAACUUGUUCAUAUGACUGAUAAACAGUACACAUAAGACAAAAGCCUUCAUUUAAGAAAACCUUCACACAUUAUCAUUUCUUAGGAACUCUUUACACAUUUCAAAUUAAAGGUGCCAUUCAAAUAGAAAUGAAACAAAAAGGUCUGAAAAUGCCCCUCCCCUUUGCGCAAUGCCUCAUUGGAAGCUGGAGCAUAUUGGAUGUAUACACGGUGUGUAAAUGUUAUGCUCUAUGCAGAUUUCUAUGUACAAUGAAACAAUUCACGAGGGUUAUUAUGUAUUUAAUGUAAGAUGUCUUGUUGUUUUUCUGUUGUGAUGAAUAUCAUACAAUUGUAAUUUUUGAAGAAACAAAAUUAUUUUGUGACAGAGAAGUAUGUGUAUAUCUAUGAAAGUUAGAUACAUCAAAAUUUCAUGAUAAAAAUGCAUUAAACAUUUUUCUAUUUAAAUUUGGUACAAAUAUCAACCUUAAAGUUGUUGGUAAUCUUUAUGAUUGAUAAUUUCAUAAUUGCUUAAUUGUUGCGCAUGUUUUGAAAAUUGUAUACAUUGACAUUGAACAUAAGAAUUUCUUUUGUACAUUUCCAUUCCAUUUUUGCCACAGUAUUAUGCAACAAUGAUUGUCUAUUUGUUUUUGCAUAUUAUGUAAAUAAUUCAAUUGUAAAUGUAUGUUGCAUAUAGGUCCUUGAAUGCUUAUUAUAUUUAGUUUCUAGAAAAAUUGUGCCAUUAUUGUAGUUUCCAGAAUAAUUGCUAAAUGAAGUUAAGUCCCCAAAAACAUGUAUUUACCAGGAUGCUUGUUACAUGUUGAAUCCAGAAUACUUGUUUCAUAGAUCCAAUAAACUUUCUUGUGUGUCCCAGAUUAUUUAUAUUACUUGUUUUUCCCAAAAAACAUGACUUGUUUUCCCAGAUUACUUGUUACAUAACUUGAAGGUCCGAGAAUAUUUCUUACAUAACGUGUUGUUCCCAGAAUACUUGUUGCAUUAUGUAUAGUUCCCAGAAUACUUGUUACAUUAUGUUGGUUCCCAGAAUACUUGUUACAUUAUGUAUCGUUCCCAGAAUACUUGUUACAUUAUGUAUAGUUCCCAGAAUACUUGUUGCAGUAUGUGAAAUUCUCAGAAUACUUGUUACAUUACUUGUAGUUCCCAAAAUACUUGUUACAUUAUGUAUAGUUCCCAGAUUACUUGUUGCAGUAUGUGUAGUUCUUUGAAUACUUUUUACACAACUUGUAGUUCCCAGAAUACUUGUUACAUUAUGUAUAGUUCUAAGAAUACGUAUUGCAUCAUGUGCAGUUCUAAGAUUGCUUGUUACUUACCUUGUUGUUUAGAGAAUACUUGUUACAUUAGGUACUUUUUGUUACCAGAAUAUAUGUUACAUGUGGUUCACAGAGAAUUGUUUUUAUGAAGUUCCAGCAAUAUUUGUUACCAGUAGUUCCGUUUUUGUUCACAAUAGUUCCCAGAAUGUGGAUGCAAACAUGUAUUUGCAUCUUUUGAAAUCAACUUUUUUAUGGAUAUUUUAACCAAUAAUGCGAAUAUCUAUAAUGUUAUUGAAGGUGAUUCAUUUAAAACGUAAAGAUGCAUGUUACUGUGAUGAAUUAUGUUAAAACUGAGACUUCAGAUACUAUUAAAUAAGAUAAAUGUC